AUGUGCACAACGGGCUUGGCAAUGUUGGUCUUUCUGGUCGGAAUUUCAGCUGUUUGGAAAGUGGCAAGUUUACCCUGUACCUUCGAUUCAGUGAGUGGUUUCCUGGAUUGUGGCUCCCGUGAACUUCACCAUAUUCCAACAGAAAAUAUCCACUUCGACAACGCCGAAGAGAUCGACCUUAGUGGCAACAAAUUGGGAAGAAUAAAAAACGAAACAUUUUCCAAAAACUCAGCUUUGAAAUGUUUGGAUCUGUCGUACAAUGUUAUAACUCAUCUGGAAACCAGAGCAUUUGGUGGACUCGACCAUCUGGCCAUCUUGAACCUAUCGGGAAAUGGAAUAGCGCUCAGUCCAGAUGUACUGACGCCAGAACUGUUCGAGCCGCUGGUUGCUCUGAGAGAGAUACGCAUGCAACAUAUGUCCGUUCCGGUAUCAGAGUGGAGAGGAAUCGACACAACCUUUCAGAUGCUGAAGAACCUAACCAAACUGUAUAUCGACUUUCCCCCUGAGUUUGUCUUCGGGAUAGGAUUUAGUGAGUUGACCAAACUGAAAACCGUUUCUACUGCAGGUCGGAGGCGAGAGUACAAUGGGUGUAAUUUACGCGCGCUGAGAAAUUCUACCUUCAGCGUCCUGUGGGAAGUGAACAUUACGGAACUACGACUGAUCAACUGUGGUAUUGAUACCAUAGAAAACGGUACCUUUGACCCCUUGACUGCGUUAGAUACAUUGGAUCUUUCAAACAACAUUAAUUUAGGACUCGCUCAAGCCAUCAAAUCGCUGCGUUCUUUUAACAAUCGUGAGAUGAAAGAAAUCAGAUUAGCUCGUCUAAAUAACGGCUCGUUGAGUGGUUUCCUGGAUUGUGGCUCCCGUGAACUUCACCACAUUCCAACAGAAAAUAUCCACUUCGACAACGCCGAAGAGAUCGACCUUAGUGGCAACAAAUUGAGAAGAAUAAUAAACGAAACAUUUUCCAAAAACUCAGCUUUGAAAUAUUUGGAUCUGUCGUACAAUGUUAUAACUGAUCUGGAAACCAGAGCAUUUGGUGGACUCGACCAUCUGGCCAUCUUGAACCUAUCGGGAAAUGGAAUAGCGCUCAGUCCAGAUGUACUGACGCCAGAACUGUUCGAGCCGCUGGUUGCUCUGAGAGAGAUACGCAUGCAACAUAUGUCCGUUCCGGUAUCACAGUGGAGAGGAAUCGACGCAACCUUUCAGAUGCUGAAGAACCUAACCAAACUGUAUAUCGACUUUCCCCCUGAGUUUGUCUUCGGGAUAGGAUUUAGUGAGUUGACCAAACUGAAAACCGUUUCUACUGCAGGUCGGUGGCGACAGUACAGUGAGUGUAAUUUACGCGCGCUGAGAAAUUCUACCUUCAGCGUCUUGUGGGAAGUGAACAUCACGGAACUACGACUGAUCAACUGUGGUAUUGAUACCAUAGAAAACGGUACCUUUGACCCCUUGACUGCGUUAGAUACAUUGGAUCUUUCAAACAACAUUAAUUUAGGACUCGUUCAAGCCAUCAAAUCGCUGCGUUCUUUUAACAAUCGUGAGAUGAAAGAAAUUAGAUUAGCUCGUCUAAACAACAACUCGUUUUCCAUGUUAAUUUUGUUGCUUGUGGUUAUGUAUCGCUAUCGCACAAAUUUAAGGUACUGGCUGUAUACAAGGCUGCAACCUCCGAAGGACAUGUUCGCUGAGCAAGAGUAUGUUUUUGACGCUUUCGUGGCCUACACGUCUGAAGAAAGGAAAUGGGUCUCCCAACAGCUUUUCCCCAAUCUGGAGUUACCUGAAAAUUCGUUCAAACUCUGCAUCCAUGACAGAGAUUUUACACCCGGAAAACCGAUCCACGAAAAUAUCGUUGACAAAAUGAGGGAAAGUCGUAAAAUUCUCCUGAUUAUUAGCCAACAUUUUCUGGAAUCGACCUACGGUCCGCUAGAAAUCGAGUACGCCGUGAUGAAAUCUCUGAGCGACGGCAGGGACGACAUUAUAUUGUGUGUACUGAUGGAGGACAUUCCAGUUCGUCACAUGCCGAAGGCGCUGAGAAACCUGUGGCACAAGAUCACCUUCCUGAAGUGGAGCGCUGAUCAAGCGGAACAGGUCAUUUUCUGGAGGAGUCUGAUUGAGGCCCUGGACUAA